AUGCUUGCCGAUCAAUACCUCCUCGCCGUCCUAGCCGCAGCAGCAGCCACGACCGCGAUGGCUGCCCCUCUCCCGGAAUUUGUCGAGCGCGAUAUGCCCGUCACCUGCGCGGCAGGGGAAUCCGCCAAAUGCUGCCCGGUGUUGUAUUCGACGGUAGUGCUGGGGAAGCCGUUGACUGUCGGGGUGGGGUGUGCUCCUUUGAGCGGCAGUUCGUCCUGUAAGACGAAUGUGGCGUGUUGUCAUAAUGAGCCGUUUGUGGUUGGGUUUUUGAAAGUUUGCGCGAAGAGCAGUGGGAGUAGUGGUGCUGGUAGUGGUGCUGGUGGUGCCCGUCGUAGGAAGUAG